AAAAGGCCAAAAAAUGUGAUUCUAUUUGUUGGAGAUGGAAUGGGUGUUGGCACUGUAACUAGCGGAAGAAUCCACAAAAAGCAAAUUUUGAAAAGUUCUUAUGUAACUGAAUCAUUGUUCUUCGAAAAUUUUCCAGCAGCAGGUUUAGUUAAGACAAGUUCUCUUACCCAUCACGUCACCGAUUCUGCUGCUGCAGCAAUGGCAAUGUUCUCUGGAUGGAAGGCGGACAGCUUUAUGUUGGGGAUGAAGCCAAACUCAAAGACACCUUGUACGACUAAUAAAACACUUUGGAUUACAGAAGGAAUCGCAGAAUCUGUUCUAGAGAAAGGUCCUGCACUCAUACCAAUUAACAAGAAGAAGUGA